AUGUCAACGGAGGACAGGAGCCCGGUGGUGGCGGUGGCGGAGCCGCCUCAGCAGCAGCAGCCCCCCGAGCCCGGAGCUCCCCCCGCAGCAGCGGCGGCGGCGGCAGCCACAGACAAAAGACCUAGGGGCCGGCCGCGCAAAGAUGGCGCUUCCCCUUUCCCGAGAGCCAGGAAGAAGCCUCGGAGUAGAGGAAAAACUGCAGUGGAGGAUGAAGACAGUAUGGAUGGUUUGGAGGCAGCAGAAACAGAAAACACUGUGGAAACAGAAGUCAAAGAGCAAUCUGCAGAAGAGGAUGCCCAGGCUGAAGUGGACGGCACCAAGCAGCUAACACCAGUUCUUCAGCGCUCGGUGUCUGAGGAGUCUGCGAGCUCCACAGCCUCCGUCGGUGUCGAAGCCAAAACCAGCGAACAGCUCUGCGCCUUCUGUUACUGCGGGGACCGGAGCUCCCUGGGCCAGGGAGAGCUGAAGCAGUUCAGUCCCACGCCGGGCUACGUGGCCCCAUGGAGGAAGCAGCCUCCGGCGCGGAGCGAAGGCGGCGACGGCCCCGACGGAGCUGGCGAGAGGCCGCCGAGCGCAGCAGCGCCGCGGCGGCAGCGGGCGCGCAGGAGAUCACAGUCAAGUAUAGCAUCAUGUACAAGCGUAAGCACCCAAACUGCUUCUGACGAUCAGGUUGUCAAAUUCUGGGAUGAACUCAGUUUAGUUGGCUUACCAGACGACAUUGAUGUUCAAGCCUUACUUGAGCCAACAGGUCACUGCUGGGCUCAUCACCGCUGUGCGGAGUGGUCUUGGGGAGUCUGCCAGACUGAAGAGCAGCUAUCAGUGAACGUGGACAAAGCUGUUGUCUCAGGGAGCACAGAACGAUGUGCAUAUUGUAAGCACCUUGGAGCCACUAUCAAAUGCUGUGAAGAGAAGUGUACCCAGACGUACCAUUACCCCUGUGCUGCUGGAGCAGGCACCUUUCAGGAUUUCAGUAACUUGUCCCUCCUUUGUCCAGACCACAUCGAUCAGGCUCCUGAAAGAUCAAAGGAAGAAGCAAAUUGUGCCGUGUGCGACAGCCCUGGAGACCUCUUCGACCAGCUCUUUUGUACCACCUGCGGGCAGCAUUACCACGGGAUGUGCCUGGACAUACAAGUCACCCCUUUAAAAAGAGCAGGUUGGCAGUGUCCUGAUUGCAAAGUGUGCCAGAACUGCAAACAUUCUGGGGAAGAUACCAAGAUGCUGGUGUGUGAUACAUGUGACAAAGGCUACCAUACAUUCUGUCUACAACCAGUUAUGGACUCGGUACCAACAAAUGGCUGGAAAUGUAAAAACUGCAGAGUAUGCGCCGAGUGCGGCACGCGGACAAGUUGUCAGUGGCACCAUAACUGUUUGGUGUGUGACAGUUGUUACCAGCAGCAAGACAGCCUGUCGUGUCCUUUCUGUGAAAAGCUGUGCCUGCAAGACUUCCCGAAAGAUACGUUGCAUUGUCACCUGUGCAAAAGGUGGGUUCACGUGGAAUGCGACGGCUCCCCGGGCAGCGAGCUGGAGGCGCAGCUCAAGGAGUACAUCUGCACCCUGUGCAAGCAGGGCGACGGGGAGCCCGCCCACAUGGGUGACAUGAUGGACACGUCUGACCUCGCUCCUGAGCCUGAUGCAGCUUGUACCAACGAAAUGGAGAUGGAAAGCAGUGCAGAAGAUGCGGUCUUGCAGGAACAAACUGUUAUUGGUAACAGCCUUCUUCAAGAAUCAGCUGUUGGAUGUGUCACAGAUGUUACAGGCACGUCGCUAGAAGACAAGACCGCAGAACUGGAAGCAGAAGCCCCCGAUGAAGCUCAUGCAGCUGAAAUGGAAGUGUCUCCCAAGAAGCCCCCAGCCUUGGAUGAGAGUCAGGCUGAGAAAACGAUGGAAGGGGUGGAAGCUGCAACGGGUCAGGGGUCGGACGAGCAAGUGGGAGAGACGCGGCUGUCCCUGUCACAGGGCAGGGCUGAGGCAGCAGCGGGAUCCACAGCAGACUCUCGGCCUCUGUCUUCGGUACCCGAGGCCAUAGCUGUGGCGCCAGAAAUACAGGGGCCUGAAAAUAAAGGGGAAAUCUGUAUCCGUGUGGAACAGCAACUGGAAAUAGUAGAAGUGCAAAGAGACAGAGAGAAAGGAGAAGUUAAGGAGAGCUCAGAAACACCAGCUCUUUCGGAAGGAAAAGCUGCUUCUGUAAAUGAAGCUUUGCAAAGCAGUUCACCAGUUGGAGAGAAAGCCCUAAAAUCGCCAGCUGAGACUCUGCCUUCCCUUGCACCCUCAGUUAAUGCCGACAAGACAAGUGUGUCUUCCUCUGCAGACCUUGCUCUAGACUUGCACCCUGCCCGGGACGGGCAGCACAGGCAGCCUCCAGCCUCGACUGCGGCUGCCGGGGGUGCCCUCACAACCACCUACAUAUCAGUCACUCCAAAAAUUGGCAUGGGGAAACCAGCCAUCACCAAGAGGAAGUUUUCUCCUGGAAGACCCAGGUCAAGACAGGGGGCUUGGAGUACCAAUAAUACAGUGAGCCCACCUUCCUGGUCCCCAGACAUUUCAGAAGGUCGGGACAUUUUUAAAUCCAGACAGCUUCCUGGCAGUGCCAUUUGGAGCAUCAAAGUGGGCCGCGGAUCAGGAUUCCCGGGGAAGCGGAGGCCACGCGGCGCCGGGCUCUCAGGAAGAGGAGGCAGAGGGCGAUCAAAGCUGAAAAACGGAGUGGGGACCGUAGUCAUUCCAGGGGUCACGACUAUGGAUAUUUCAACUAACAAGGAUGAGGAAGAAAAUUCAAUGCAUAAUACAGUUGUCCUCUUCUCUAACAGUGACAAGUUCACUCUUCAUCAGGAUAUGUGUGUGGUGUGCGGGAGCUUUGGCCAAGGUGCUGAGGGACGGUUGCUGGCCUGCUCCCAGUGUGGUCAGUGUUACCAUCCCUACUGUGUCAGUAUUAAGAUCACCAAGGUGGUGCUCAGCAAGGGCUGGCGCUGCCUCGAGUGCACCGUGUGCGAGGCCUGCGGCAAAGCCACCGACCCGGGCAGGCUGCUGCUCUGCGACGACUGCGACAUCAGCUACCACACGUACUGCCUGGACCCGCCCCUGCAGACCGUCCCCAAGGGAGGAUGGAAGUGCAAAUGGUGUGUUUGGUGCAGGCACUGUGGCGCUACCUCUCCGGGUUUAAGAUGCGAGUGGCAAAAUAACUACACGCAGUGCGCGCCCUGUGCCAGCUUGUCCACCUGCCCCAUCUGCUACCGCACUUACCGGGAGGAAGAGCUCAUAAUUCAGUGUAGACAGUGUGAUCGAUGGAUGCAUGCAAUCUGUCAGAACUUAAACACAGAGGAGGAAGUGGAAAACAUAGCUGAUAUGGGUUUUGACUGUACCAUUUGUAGGCCAUACAUACCACCAACAAACGUGCCUUCUUUGGACUGUUGUGAUUCAUCAGUUGGAGCUCAGAUUAUUUCAAAAUCAAAAGAACUAGACCCACCGAAGACUUACACACAGGAUGGAGUCUGCUUGACAGAAUCCGGCAUGUCUCAGUUACAGAGCCUAACUGUUACAGUACCUAGAAGAAAACGGACGAAACCAAAGCUUAAAUUGAAGAUUAUAAACCAGAACAGUGUGGCUGUGCUUCAGACACCCCCAGAUGCCCAGUCAGAGCACUCAAGAGAUGGAGAGAUGGAUGACAGUAGAGAAGGUGAUCUUAUGGAUUGUGACGGAAAAUCAGAUUCCAGCCCAGAACGGGAAGCUGUGGAUGAUGAUACCAAAGCAGCAGAAGGAGCUGAUGGGAUUAAAAAAAGAAAGCGAAAACCGUACAGACCUGGUAUUGGUGGAUUUAUGGUACGUCAGAGAAGUCGUACAGGGCAGGGGAAAGCAAAAAGGUCUCUCUCCAGGAAAGACUCUUCUGGCUCUGUUUCUGAGCAGUUGCCUGGCAGAGAUGAAGGUUGGACAGAACAGCUGCCAGACACUCCGGUUGAGGAGUCUGCCCCCGCUUCCGAGAGCACUGAGAAAAUAAAGAAGCGUUACAGAAAAAAGAAAAACAAACUCGAGGAAACCUUUCCCGCCUACUUGCAGGAAGCUUUCUUCGGAAAAGACCUACUAGACACCAGCAGACAAAAUAAGAUGAGCCUAGAUAACUUACCCGAGGAGUCACUUCCACUUUCAUGUAAAGCAAAUCUCACCACCAGUUUCCUGGAUCCUUCCUCCGACCCUCUUCUUAGCUCAGCCUCCACUCCAGCUCCAGUGAAACUGGGCACUCAAGGUAGCACCGAUGACCCCCUAGCUGAUCUUUCCGAGGUCUUGAACACCGAUGAUGAUAUUCUUGGAAUUCUUUCGGAUGAUUUGGUAAAGUCUGGAGAUCAUUCGGGUCUUGAUUUAUGCACUUUCCAGGUUGAGAACUCACCCUCCCCAUUUGCUGGACUAGAUAUUGGUCCCAUCUCUGAUGAUCCUUCUUCUCUGCCUCAGCCAAAUGUCCCCCAGAGUUCACGACCAUUGAGUGAAGAGCAAUUAGAUGGAAUCCUCAGCCCAGAACUAGACAAAAUGGUCACAGAUGGUGCUAUUCUUGGCAAAUUGUACAAAAUUCCAGAGCUAGGAGGCAAGGAUGUUGAAGAUCUGUUCACAGCUGUACUGAGCCCAGCAACCACCCAGCCAGCUCCUUUGCCACAGCCUCCACCUCCUCCCCAGCUCAUGCCCUUGCACGCUCAGGGAGAUAAUGCCUUUUCAAGAGUCCCACUAAUGAAUGGUCUGAUUGGUCCUAACCCCCAUCUCCCUCACACGGCUUUGACUCCUGGAGGAGGGCUGGGCACUUUCUCUCCUAUCACACAGCAACCGUAUACUGAUACCAGGGAUAAGAAUCCAGCAUUCAAUCCCAUGGUGGGUGAUCCAAACAGUUCUUGGGCACCAUCAGCUCCACCUUUGGAAGCUGAAGGCGACACAAUGUCCAAUGCUCAAAGGAGCACCCUGAAGUGGGAAAAAGAAGAAGCACUGGGUGAAAUGGCAACGGUAGCACCUGUUCUCUACACAAAUAUCAACUUCCCUAACCUAAAGGAAGAAUUCCCUGACUGGGCUACAAGAGUGAAGCAGAUUGCUAAGCUGUGGAGGAAAGCAAGCUCGCAGGAAAGGGCUCCAUAUGUGCAAAAAGCAAGAGAUAACAGAGCUGCUUUGCGCAUCAAUAAAGUGCAGAUGUCAAAUGACUCCAUGAAAAGGCAACAGCAACAGGAUAGCAUUGAUCCAGGCUCUCGUAUUGACUCCGACCUCUUUAAAGAUCCAUUAAAACAGAGGGAAUCAGAACAUGAGCAGGAGUGGAAAUUCAGACAGCAAAUGCGACAGAAGAGUAAGCAGCAAGCCAAGAUAGAGGCCACGCAGAAACUGGAGCAGGUGAAAAACGAGCAGCAGCAGCAGCAGCAGCAACAGCAGCAGCAGCAGCAGUUUGGGUCCCAGCAGCUGCUGGGGCAGUCUGGCCCGGACACGCCGAGCAGCGGGAUGCAGAGCCCCUUGACACCUCAGGCAGGCAGUGGCAGCGGGUCUCCCGCACAGCAGACAUUCCACAAGGAGCUCUUCCCAAAGCAGCAGCUACCUGCAACACCCUCAGAUGACGUGUUCCUAAAGCCACAAGCCCCACCUCCCACUCCAAGCCGCAUCCCAGCGCAUGAUUCACUCUCCCAGGCGCCUCAGACAUCACCCCAGCAGCUAUUUUCUCCCGCUUCCACAAACCCAAGGCCUCCUUCUCCAAUGGAUCCAUACGCUAAGAUGGUGGGAACACCUAGACCAGCACCUAUUAACCAAAACUUCGUUAGAAGAAAUCCCGUCGCUCAGUUGGACGCCUGUGCAGCGCAGGCAUCCGUAGCCAGGCCCAUGCAAGGGCCGGAGCCGUCGGGAAGCCGGCCCUCCCCCGUCAGAGAUUCCUGCUCAUCAUCUCCGGGAAGCAGCGAUCCCUAUGCAAAGCCCCCAGACACCCCCCGGCCGGUCGUGGCAGCGGAUCAGUUCUCCAAACCCCUGGUAGUGCCGAGGUCUCCCGCAGUUCUGGAGCAGGCAGGGAAGGGGCCUCUGGCGGUCGGGAGCAGUGAUCCUUUCACCAAGCCGGCUCCCAGGACGGAGGGGUUCCCGAGGCAGAGGGUGGCUUCUGAUGCUUAUGCCCGGCCCCCAUUGACUCCCACCCCCGUUGAUGGUAGCCCUGGGCCCUUCAAAACCCCUCUGCGCCCACCUCAGUCCCCGCAGGAUCCUUACGGAUCGAUGCCGGCCACACCGAGGCGCGUUGCCGUCGAUCCCUACGAGCGGCCUCCUUUGACCCCGCGGCCGGUCGAUAGCUUUUCCCAUAAUCAGCCUAGUGAUCCGUAUAACCAGCCUCCCCUCACUCCCCACCCUGCAAUAAAAGAGCCUUUUACCCAUCCACCUAGGAUAAUGCGACCCCAGAGCGAUUCUUUCCCGCAAUCCGGGCCUCUUCCAAGGCCGGCUUCUCAGGACCCCUAUUCCCAGCCUCCGGGGACUCCCCGGCCCGUGGCCGAUCCCUACGCGCAGCCCCCGGGAACUCCUCGACCUGCCGCCGUUGAUCCCUAUAUGCAGCAGCCGCCGACACCAAGGCCUGCUCAGGCAGCAGAUUUAUUUGCCCAGCCCUCGGCAAAUCAGCGACACUCUGAUCCAUACGCCCAGCCUCCUGGGACUCCCCGGCCAGUUCCCAGUGACCCCUAUUCCCACCAACCAGCGACUCCGAGACCGGGAGCUCCAGAAAGUUUCAACAGACCCGCAAUGCCGAGACCAGGGCUGAUGCCAAGCAGAGACCCUUUCCUGCAGAGCCCACAGAACAGGCUGCAGGGCACUUUUGUCAGGCCGGCAGACCCGUGUUCUCAAGCUCCCAGACCGGCAGGACCUGCAAUAACGGAUUCGUUCAGCCACGGCCCAGCUGCUCCGGCGCGUGACCCUUACGAGCAGCCACCACUGACUCCGAGACCUCAGCCAGAAUCCUUUGGAGCUGCUCAGCUGGCCCAUGACCCCGCGGAGCAGCCCCGGCCGGGCUCCGAGGGCGGCUUCAGUGCAUCUGCCAGCUCUCCCAUGAGUUCGCAAGCGCAGCAGUUUCCCAAAGUUUCCCAGGUUCCUGGCUCAGCACCCACCACUGGAGUCACAGAUACCCAGAAUACCAUGAAUAUGUCUCAAGCAGACACUGAGAAAUUAAGACAGCGCCAGAAAUUGCGUGAAAUUAUUCUACAACAGCAGCAGCAGAAGAAGAAUGCAGUUCGGCAGGAAAAGGCCUUGCAGGAUUCAGCAGCUGCUUCCCAUGGAACUCCUCUCCAGCACUGGCAGCAAGACAAUUUAAACCAGAUUUUUAACCGCCCUCCUCCUCCGUAUCCGGGGAAUAUUAGGGCCUCAGUUGUCCCUCCGGGUGGACCGAGGUUCACGGUGUUUCCAAAAGAUCAACGUGGCCCAUUCCCUGUUGAAGGGCAGUUCAAUAGACCCCAGUUUGCAGGCGAUAUGAAUGCCAUGGGAAUGAGACCUCAUGGGCUUAGGUUUGGGUUUCCGGGCGGUGGCCACGGCCCCCCCUCGGGGCAGGAGCGCUUCCUGGGGCCUCAGCAGCCGAUGCAGCGGCCUGGAGUCGCGGCCCAGCUGAGAAGGUCUCUGUCUGUCGACAUGCCCAGAGCAGCCAGCGCCGCGCAGCUCGGCAGCGCCGCCGGCAUCCCCCAGCACUUUCCUCCCCAGGGAAUUCAGGUUCAGCAGCACAACAUCCUGGGCCAGGCGUUCAUCGAGCUGCGGCACCGGGCUCCCGACGGCCGCCCCAGGCUGCCCUUCAGCGCGGCGGCCAACGCGCUGGAUGCGGCGCCACACCAGCGGCACGCGGGAUUCAUCCCGAGGCCGGAGUUCCCGGGCCCGCGGCAGGCAGACCCCCUGCGACACGGUGCUCAAGGUGCUUCUGGCCAGAUGCAGGUGGCGGCUGGUUUGGAGCAUUUGCCCCAGGCCCAGCAAGAUCAGAUCAAUCCUGACAACCCGCCCGCGCUUGUAAUCCGCUCCCUGAGCCACCCGCCGGUCGCGGACGCUUUCCCAGCACCGUCUCUGCCCACGUCUGCCCCGAGUGAGGAAUCGGCCAGUUUACAGCUUCCCAGCCAGCCAACUGAUGGGCUGGAAGAAAAGCUCGAUCCUGACGAUCCCGCCGUGAAAGAUUUAGAUGUGAAAGACCUCGACGGGGUUGAAGUCAAGGAUUUAGAUGACGAGGAUCUGGAAAAUCUGAACCUAGAUCCAGAGGAUGGAAAAGGAGAUGAGUUAGAUACCUUAGACAAUUUGGAAACGAAUGAUCCUCACCUUGACGACCUUCUAAGAUCUGGAGAAUUUGAUAUAAUUGCAUAUACAGACCCAGAACUCGAUCUGGGGGAUAAGAAGGGAAUGUUUAAUGAAGAGCUGGAUCUUGGUGUCCCAAUUGAUGACAAGCUGGAUCUCCAGAGCAAGGCAGAAGAACCAAAACAGAAGGAGCAAGGUGACAAAAUUGGUGCCCCUUCUGAGACUCCAUCCCCACAGAAGAAAUCAGCUACAGAAAGUGAGAUUAAAACAGAAGUGCUUUCUCCAAACACCCAUGAGGAGAAGCAGAACGAAGCUGAAAAAAGUGACGGAAAUAACGAAGCUGCAAGUGCUCCACAGACUGCGGAGCCGGAGGUGAAGGAUGGAGAAAAGGCUCCUGUGCAGCCAGCAAACCCAGAAUUCCCUGACAAAGCUACGGUUAUUCCUAGUCAGGAAACAGCUGUGCCUAGCUCGGAUGCUCCAGGAUCUGCUCCGCUGCAGGGGCAGGGAGUUCCUGCAAGUUCCUGCAAUAUUUCGGGGUCCACGCCAGUCCUCUCGAGCUUGCUGGCUGGGGAGAGCUCGGAGAGCUCCGAGGCCCGCGCGCUGGCGUCUCCAUCCCAGUCCUUGCCAGCAGCACAGAUGAACCAUUCGUCAGGUAUUCCACAACCGCUCAUGACACCUGCUGGACAAAUCUUGGAAAACCCAUUAAAUACCAAUUUGGCCCUGGUGCCGAGAAUAAACCCUAAUUUUUCCCAAGGGUCACCCACCGCAGGUUUUAUGCAGGGUCAAGCACCUAAUCACAGCUUUGGGCCAGGCCAGACCUCUGCUCAAACCGUGGCCGUAACGAGUCGCCCUGGGCCGAGUGGCCUGUCCGGCCCCCAGCAGCUGAUGCUGCCUCAGCCAUUAGCCCAGCAGCAGAACCGGGAGAGGCCCCUUCUCUUGGAGGAGCAGCCACUGCUUCUGCAGGAUCUUCUGGAUCAAGAAAGGCAGGAGCAGCAGCAGCAGCGGCAGAUGCAGGCCAUGAUCCGCCAGCGCUCUGAGCCUUUUUUCCCCAAUAUCGACUUCGAUGCAAUUACUGAUCCUAUAAUGAAAGCAAAAAUGGUAGCUCUUAAGGGGAUCAAUAAAGUAAUGGCACAGAGCAACCUGGGGAUGCCACCGAUGGUCAUGAACAGGUUUCCCUUUAUGGGGCAGCCAGUGGCAGGAGCCCAGAGCACCGAAGGGCAAACUCACCUGCAGCAGGCACUCCCCCAGGAUGGGAAUUUGGCACCUCAGAUUUCUAGGCCGAAUCCUCCAAAUUUUGGUCCUGGUUUUGUCAAUGACUCACAAAGAAAGCAAUACGAGGAGUGGCUGCAAGAAACCCAGCAGCUCCUCCAAAUGCAACAGAAGUACCUUGAGGAACAAAUUGGAGCACACAGAAAAUCCAAAAAAGCCCUCUCGGCCAAGCAGCGAACGGCCAAGAAAGCCGGCCGCGAGUUCCCCGAGGAAGAUGCAGAGCAGCUUAAACACGUAACCGAGCAGCAGAGUAUGGUGCAAAAGCAGCUGGAGCAGAUCCGCAAGCAGCAGAAGGAGCACGCGGAGCUGAUCGAGGAGUACCGGAUCAAGCAGCAGCAGCAGCAGCAGUGCGGGCUGGCCCCGCACGCCCUGGCGCCCGCCAUGGGCCAGCCCGGCUUCCCCUUGGUGCCGGCGCCGCUGCCGCACCAGGCGCCCGGCGCGCCCCGCGUGCCCGGCCUGCCCGCCUGGCCGGCCCCGAGCGCCCCCGCCGGCCACCUGCCCCUGAACGCCGCGCGGUUCCCGCAGUCCGGAGCCCCGCAGCCACCCAUGGCCCCGCUGCCGCCCGCCGCCCCAGCGCCCGGCCCCGCCGCCGCGGCCACGGCGCCGCCACCCAGGGUGGAGUUCGACGACAACAACCCCUUCAGCGAGAGCUUCCAGGAGCGGGAGCGCAAGGAGCGCUUGCGGGAGCAGCAGGAGCGGCAGCGCAUCCAGCUCAUGCAGGAGGUGGAUCGGCAGCGGGCCCUGCAGCAGAGGAUGGAGCUGGAGCAGCACGGCAUGAUGGCGCCGGAGCUGAAUAACAGGGCAGCCCUGGCUCAGAUACCCUUCUUCAACUCUGAGCUGCCCUGUGAUUUCAUCCAAACGCCUCGGCCUCUGCAGCAGUCUCCGCAGCAGCAGCAGCAGCAGCAAAUGGGACAGAUGUUGCAGCAGGGGCCUGUGAACUCGCCCCCUGCCACAAACUUUAUACAAAGCAGCGAGCGGAGAGCAGUGGGGGCUGCAGCUUUUGGGCCUGAGGCACCUGCUGGUCCUGGCGGAGCCCCCAGUUUCCAUGCUGUUAAACAACCUCAUGGGAGUCUCCCCGGGGCCUCCUUUGCGCAGACCCAAGUCAGGCCUCCAUUUGCUCCCGCGCUGCCUUCGACCCCAGCGCUGGGCAGCGGCCCCUCCUGCGCCUCAGACACGAGCACACCCCAGGCAACAAAUUUCCCUGGCUCAAACCAGUCCCUUAUACAGCUGUACUCGGAUAUAAUCCCAGAGGAGAAGGGGAAAAAGAAAAGGACUCGAAAAAAGAAAAAGGAGGAUGACGCCGAGUCACUAAAAGCGCCGUCAACACCGCAUUCGGAUAUAACCGCUCCAUCAACGCCAACCGUUUCUGAUUCUGCCUCCACCCUGGCGGUUAACACCCCCAACGAGCCCUCACGGCCUCCGGAUGAGCAGGAGGCAGCGGAGCUCCCGGGCCCGGCGGAGGGCCCGGCCUCUCCGGAGCUGGACUGCAGGCCCCCGGGCGGCGCUUUGAGCGCCGAUCCAGAGGCCGAGAAGGCCCCAGCGGAUGCUCCCAGCAGCACCCAGGAGGUUAAACUGGAGAAGGCCGAAACGGAGCAGUGCUCGGGGGAGCCCGAGCCCGGAGCGGAGAAUCCAAGUGGAGUUAAGGUGGAGGAGGAGAAGGCGCCGUCACAUCCCGCCCCGUCAGCGCAGAGCCCCACACAACCAGGCAGUGUCCCUGCGGCAAAGGGCGAGUCGGGGAACGAGCUGCUGAAACACCUGCUGAAAAACAAGAAAUCCUCCUCUCUGCUGAGUCAGAAACCAGAGGGCGGCUGCCCCACGGAAGAGGAGGCUGCUGGAGAUCAGAAGAUACCGGAGAAGCAGACGCCACCUGAGGGGAUGCAAACUGCAGGAAACCAAACGCAGGGUGCGUUUGGGUGCAGUAACAGCCAGCUUCAAAGAGCAGAGGUAGGACAGGAAACAAAGAAGCAGAGAAGCAAACGAGCACAGAGGACGGGAGAGAAGGCAGCUCCUCGCUCCAAGAAAAGGAAAAAAGAGGAAGAAGAAAAACAAGCCAUUUACCCCAACGCUGACACGUUCAUCCAGCUGAAGCAGCAGCUUUCUCUUCUGCCUUUGAUGGAGCCAAUAAUUGGAGUGAGCUUUGCACACUUCCUUCCCUACGGCAGCGGGCAGCUGAAUGGUGGAAAUCGGCUCGUGGGAGGCUUUGGGAGUGCUACUCUGGAUGGGGCUUCAGAUUAUUACUCCCAGCUCAUUUACAAGCAGAACAAUCUGAGCAACCCGCCCACCCCCCCAGCCUCUCUUCCUCCCACGCCGCCCCCCGUGGCCUGCCAGAAGUUGGUGAAUGGCUUUGCCACCACCGAGGAGCUCGCUGGCAAGGCUGCCAUGCUAGGAGGGCAUGAUGUUACCAAAGCUCUGGGACCAAAGCAGUUCCAGUUGCCUUUCAGACCACAGGAUGAUUUAUUAGCCAGAGCGAUGGCUCAGGGCCCUAAAACUGUGGAUGUUCCUGCUUCGCUUCCAACGCCGCCCCACAACAAUCAGGAGGAGCUGAGGGUUCAGGAUCACUGUGAGGACAGGGACACUCCUGACAGCUUCGUUCCAUCUUCCUCUCCGGAAAGUGUUGUGGGGAUGGAAAUAAGUAGGUAUCCAGACUUGUCAGUCGUGAAGGAGGAGAACCCGGAGCCUGUUCCAUCUCCCAUCAUCCCGAUCCUCCCCAGCAGCACUGGCAAAGGUUCAGAAGCCAAAAGGAAUUAUAUAAAAUCAGAACCUGGUUCAGGAGCAUUACCUGGUUCUGGCUUCUUUGCCUCUCAGCUCGGACCAUCCCAGAAUGGUCCUAAAUCUGGCCUUAUAUCUGUAGCAAUUACUUUACAUCCCACAGCUGCUGAGAACAUUAGUAAUGUAGUAGCUGCCUUCUCCAAUCUGCUCCAUGUCAGAAUUCCUAACAGCUACGAGGUUAGUGCCGCUCCAGACGUCCCGGCCGCCGUGGGAGCAGCAGGCGGGCCCAGGCUGAACCCGGCUGGGGAGUACAGGCAGCACUUGCUAUUUCAGGGUCCUCAGGCAGGAUCCGUGGCAUCUGCCAGGCUUGUAGGGCCCUAUGGACUCAAGCAACCUGCCGUGCCCUUUCCUGCAAGCAGCAAUGGUCUAGCUGCCUAUAAGGAUCCCAGUCAAAAUCUUGCGGAGAGCUCCACGCUGAGGCCCCGCUGGUGCUCUCACUGCAAGGUGGUGGUGCUCGGGAGCGGCGUGCGCAAGUCCUUCAAAGACCUGCCUUUCCUCAAGCAGGAUUCACAAGAAGGCUCUGAUAAAAUGAAGGACAUUGUAUUCUGUAGCAACAACUGCUUCGUUCUUUAUUCAGCAGCUGUUCAAGCAAAAACCUCAGAGAACAAGGAGUCGGGUCCAUCUUUGCCGCAGUCGCCGAUGAAGGAAAGGCCGCCCAAAGCCUUCCACCAGUACAGCAACAACAUCUCCACCCUGGACGUGCACUGCCUGCCCCAGCUGCAGGAGAAGGCUUCUCCACCAGCCUCGCCGCCCAUCAUGUUCCCCCCAGCCUUCGAAGCAGCCAAGGUGGAGGCAAAGCCGGACGAGCUCAAGGUCACAGUGAAAUUAAAGCCCAGGUUAAAAGCAAUACACAGCAGUCUGGACGACUGUCGGCCUCCCAGUAAGAAGUGGAAAGGAAUGAAGUGGAAGAAAUGGAGCAUCCAGAUUGUGAUUCCGAAAGGAUCGUUCAAACCUCCUUGUGAAGAAGAAAUAGACGAAUUCCUUAAAAAGUUGGGCACGACCCUUAAACCUGAUCCCGUGCCUAAAGACUAUAGGAAAUGUUGCUUCUGCCACGAGGAGGGCGACGGGUUAACUGAUGGACCAGCAAGGCUUCUUAACCUUGAUUUAGACCUUUGGGUCCAUUUGAACUGUGCUCUUUGGUCUACAGAAGUCUAUGAGACCCAAGCUGGUGCCUUAAUAAACGUGGAGCUGGCCCUGCGGAGGGGCUUGCAGAUGAAAUGCAUGUUUUGCCACAAAAUGGGCGCCACCAGCGGCUGCCACAGGUUGAGGUGCACCAAUAUUUACCACUUCACCUGUGCCAUCAAAGCACAAUGCAUGUUUUUUAAAGACAAGACCAUGCUUUGCCCCCUGCACAAGCCCAAGGGCGCCCACGAGCAGGAGCUGAGCUACUUUGCCGUGUUCCGGCGGGUCUACGUGCAGCGCGACGAGGUGCGGCAGAUCGCCAGCAUCGUGCAGCGCGGCGAGCGCGACCACACGUUCCGCGUGGGCAGCCUCAUCUUCCACGCCGUGGGGCAGCUGCUGCCCCAGCAGAUGCAGGCCUUCCACUCGCCCAAAGCGCUCUUCCCCGUGGGCUACGAGGCCAGCCGCCUCUACUGGAGCAUGCGGCACGCGAGCCGCCGCUGCCGCUACCUCUGCUCCAUCGAGGAGCGCGACGGGCUGCCGCUCUUCGUCAUCAAGGUGCUGGAGCAAGGCCACGAGGACCUCGUCCUCACGGACACGACACCCAAAGGUGUGUGGGAUAAAAUCUUGGAGCCUGUUGCUUCUGUAAGGAAGGAGUCAGAAAUGCUCCAGCUCUUCCCGGGCUAUUUGAAGGGUGAAGACCUCUUUGGGUUGACGGUCUCUGCAGUGGCGAGGAUUGCUGAAUCGCUGCCAGGGGUUGAGGCCUGUGAGAACUACACUUUCCGCUACGGCCGAAACCCCUUAAUGGAGCUGCCUCUUGCCAUCAACCCCACGGGCUGCGCCCGUGCCGAGCCUAAAAUGAGUACCCAUGUCAAGAGGUUUGUGUUAAGGCCUCACACCUUGAACAGCACCAGCACCUCCAAGUCGUUUCAGAGCACAGUCACGGGGGAGCUCAACGCGCCCUACAGCAAACAGUUCGUCCAUUCCAAGUCCUCCCAGUACCGGAAGAUGAAAACGGAGUGGAAAUCCAACGUGUACCUGGCUCGCUCGCGCAUUCAGGGCCUGGGCUUAUAUGCUGCUAGAGACAUUGAAAAGCACACUAUGGUCAUCGAAUACAUCGGAACCAUUAUCCGGAAUGAGGUGGCAAACAGGAAGGAGAAGCUUUAUGAAUCUCAGAACCGCGGCGUGUACAUGUUCCGCAUCGACAGCGACCACGUCAUCGACGCCACCCUCACGGGCGGCCCCGCCAGAUACAUCAACCACUCGUGUGCGCCCAACUGCGUGGCCGAGGUGGUGACCUUCGAGAGAGGCCACAAGAUCAUCAUCAGCUCCAGCAGGAGGAUCCAGAAGGGGGAGGAGCUCUGCUACGACUACAAGUUUGAUUUCGAGGACGACCAGCACAAGAUUCCCUGUCACUGUGGAGCUGUCAACUGCCGCAAGUGGAUGAACUAGAGCUGCAUUCCUUGCUGUCCCGGAGGGCUGCUUGUCCCCAGGAAGAAGUGAUUCACGGUUUUGAUUUCAUCGACAGAGAAUUGUUGCCUUUUUGAAGGGGGAAAAAAAAGUCACUUCUGGAAGUAUUUUAAUACUCAAGUAUUAAAAACAAAACAAAAAAAAAAACUAAAACCAAGCACCAGAAGCAGCCGGCAAAAUCUGGAGCUGUCUCAACCUUCCAGCCACGUGGAGGCUGAACGGAGCCGCCAGGAUGGUCCAGCACUUUUGUUUUGGAGCUCACGGAGGAGAAACUGUCUCGCUUGGGCAGAGCAGCGACGUCUGCCGUGCGCCGCGCGGGCCGCGCACAUGAAUGUAAGACUGAAAUCACCAGCGAAAGGGAGAAGUCCAAAGUGCUGGCCACAGCCUUAGUUGAUAAAGGGGCAGGCCCUCUAAUUAAAGAAAAGUUUUAAAUAAAAGUAGACACCACUGAACAAGGAAUGUACUGAAACGACUUCCUUAGGGAUAGAGCUAAGGGAAAAAAAAUAACUUGCACUAAAAUACAUUUAAAUACUUGAUUCCAUGAGUCAGUUUAUUGUAGUUUUUGAUUUCUGUAAAAUAAGAGAACCUUUUUGUAUUUAUUAUUGAAUAAGUGAAUGAAGCUAUUUUUAAAAAGAAAGUUAGAAGAGAGCCAAGCUGCUGCUGUUACCUGCAGAACUAACAAACUCUGUUACUUUGUACAAAAGUGUAAAUAUUUUGAAAAAAAAAUACAGUAUAAAAAUAGUUAUUGACCAAAUGCUACCAGACUCUGCAGCAGUUCGGGUGCUUAUAAUAAAAAUGUCAAUAGGGAUGUUACAAUAUGAUCUCAUGUACUAACGGACAUGCGAUUACGAUUACGGAAUAACCAAAAUCUCAAUUUAAAGAGAGGGUUUUUUUACGUUUAAAGCAGUCUCAGCUGUGGUCUAUUAGAUUUUUUUUUUUAAUUAAUUAAACCUUAAGCCUGGUACAAGGCCUGUAUAUUAUUACACCUCUGACUUUUGUAGAUGUUUGGGUAAUUUAGAUGGAUUAAUUUUAUUUGUAUUAUAUUGUUGCAUCCCUAUUUCUUAAGUCAGGUUUUUUGUGCUUACAAUUUGUGAUAACUGUGAAUAACUGCUAAAACCCACCCAAAAUAGAGGCUGAACGUUGGGGUUUUUUUCUUCAGCAAAAGUAGUCAGGAUUAGGUGACGGUUCAGCCUACAGUAAAUCAUGUAAACAGCAUAGAAUCAUGUAGAUGGAGCUUAAGUCUGAUAUGGUAAUAGCCUUCUUAAAAGGAAAACGAGGAAAAAAAAUUAGAUGUAACGUGCUUGCAGCUGCAGGACUCUGGCAAUAGGGUUUUGGAAAAUGUAAUUUAAAGAUGUGUUUGUAUGGAUUGUUUUGUUUACAUUUCUUUAAAAAAAAAAUAAAACACUGUUUUGUGUUUGCUUGUAGAAACUUAAUCAGCAUUUUGAACCAGGUUAGCUUUUUAUUUUGUACUUAAAAUUCUGGUACUGACACUUCACAGGCUAAAUAUAAAAAAAAAAAAUGAAGUUUUUUUUUGUGUGCACAAUUAAAGUGGACUGUAAACUGUUGGUAUAUUCAGUAAUACAGUUCUGAACUUGUAAUGUAUAUGGCAUGAUGUAUUUUUAUCUUACAGAAUAAAUCAAUUGUAUAUAUUUUUCUCUUGAUAAAUAGCUGUAUGAAAUUGUUUCUUGAAUAUUUUUCUUCUCUUGUACAAUAUU